AUGAUUUUAAUUCUAAUAAUUUAUUUAGGAUUAGGGUUUUCUAAAGAAUUAGGAGCUUUAUUAGAGACUGUUAAAAAUAAUGAUUAUAGCAUGUCAAUUCUAAAAUAAAUGAAAUAGUACUUGAAUGAAAAAAAAUGUAAUACUUAAAAUUAUAAUAAGCACCUUAUGAAAUUCUUGUCUAUAUAAAUGAAGAGGAAGAUAAAUUAGUUUCUGAAAUAAUUGAUGAUAUGAAUAACUAUCAAUAAGAAUAAUUAUUAAGUAAUUGAUUCUUUUUAUAUAGGUUCAUAAAAAAAAUAAGAAUUUAAAUACUAAAUGAUGUUGACUAAGUUUACUUCAGCAUUGUAAGCAGAUGAAUUACUAUUAUUAUCAAAUGAAGCUAAAUUAUCAGAGGAUAUCAGAAUGUAAAGAGUAGAUCUGCUUCUUGAAUUAGGAUAAGUAAUUCCACAAUUAGAAUAAUUACUAAAAGAUGAAGUAUAAAGUAUUUCAUAAACAUUAAGUUAAGUGUUUUUGAUUUAGAAAACAGUGAACUUGCAUUGUUUAUUGAUAGUUUUAAUGAAUUUAUUCCUUCUAGUCCUUAAAAAUUGAAUGGAUAGAAGUAACAUUUGAAGGAGAAUCCUGAAGCUAUUCUUAAAGAAUUUAUAUCUACUAAUAAUGAAGAUUCUUCUUUUAAUUUGCUGAUUAGUAAUUAUCAUUAAAUUUACAAGGUUAAAUUUAAUAAAAUUAGGCUAAUGGAAAUAUUAAUGAUGCUGUAUCAAAAAGCAAAGACUUAGUUAAUGAGAUUCAAAAAUCACAACAAUAAGCAUUAAAAUCCAAAAAAGAUUUAAUUGAAAAUGUCAAAUCAAGUCUUACUUAAGAUAAUGAAUAGUGGAAAUUAGAUGUUAUUACGUUUAUUAUAUAAAAUAGAUUGCUUCUAUAGAACCUAUUGCAAAAAUUACUAAAGAAAAAUUAAACUAGCUUUAAAAAUAAAAAGACGAUUUAUAAGUUAUGUUAAAACAUUAAUAAACCGAAUUUAAUGAGUUAUAAGAGAACAUAGAUAAUUUUUAUGUAAAGUUUUAUAAUUAAAACCUAAGACAUCUUAUUCAUCAAAACGGUUGUAAGACAUGAAUAAUUUGAACAUAAUAAGAAUGAUAAAGUAAUUCUAUUCUGAGCACCUAGAUGUCCUAGAAGAUUUUAUGAAAUCUAAAAUGUAAUGA